GGAAUCAAGUGGGACCUGAGGAAAACUCCACCUUACGACGCCUAUGAUUUGGUUGAAUUUGACGUUCCCGUGGGACUAAAAGGCGACUGCUAUGACAUAGAUACCUGUGUCGUGUUGAAGAGAUGCGGGAAUCUCUCCACAUCAUCGAUCAAUGCCUGAAUAAAAUGCCGGCGGCUGAGGUCCGUGUGGACGAUGCCAAGAUCAUGGCGCCCAAGCGAUUCGAAAUGAAAACAUCGAUGGAAGCUCUCAUUCAUCAUUUCAAGUUGUUCACACAGGGCUAUAACGUUCCGCCAGGAGCCACUUAUACGGCUGUAGAGAAUCCCAAAGGUGAAUUUGGCGUGUAUCUCGUUUCUGACGGUUCUUCACGCCCAUAUCGCUGCAAAAUCAAGGCGCCAGGUUUCGCCCAUCUUGCCGCGUUGGAGAAAGUCGGCCGCAACCACAUGCUCGCCGAUAUUGUUGCCGUCAUUGGCACACUGGAUGUGAUUUUUGGAAAAAUUUAUCGCUGAAUGUGUUCCACGCCCUCUUUAUCUCCACACCGGUGACUUGAAAACUGGAAAUGGAGUUGUAUAUGUAAAGCCAAGUUGAAUUAGGUGAUUAUAUAAUACACAUACAGUGGAUGAAAUAUGUAUGGAAAAUUUCAUUCAACCUCUA